AUGGAUCUGCCUCCUGCACCAACUCCGCCCGUGUCUGGCGGCGUCGGGCCCAAUUCAGAGCGAACCGCCAAUCUGCUGAACCUGCUCAAGUUUAGUGGCCCCGGCAGCUCCAAAGAGCCGCUGCAGGCGUCGAACCAGAGCCAGAGUCAGGGCCAGGGUCAAGCUCAGGCUCAUGCUCAGGCUCCGCUGCCAGCAUCCUUAUCAUCCGCCCAGCAGCAUCAGCAGCCGGGCGACUCGCCCUCCCAGUCUCAUUCCCACCCAGAGCCGUCGUCGGUGCAGCAGCAGCAGCAGCAGCAGCCUGAGAGGCAAAACGAUGAAGUCGACGACGAAGACGACGAAGAGCAGUACCAGCGUAUCCAACAUCUCCAAAUGCAGUCUUCGAACCAGUUCCAGACCCGGAUUCAUCAGCCUGCCCCCACGGCGGCCGAUCCUACGGGCCUGCUCGCUGCCCUUAUGAGAGGCGCUCACGAGAUUGACGAGCCCAAGUCUGCUCCCACGCCGCCCCAAGUCCAGGCCCAGCCUGCGAAUCCCUUCGCUAGCGGAACGCCGCCCCCUGAUACCAGAUCGUACCUGCUCAAUCUCCUCAACAGGCCCAAGCCUAGCCAGACCGAUCAGCCUCUGCUGGUUGAGUCUUCACGCUCUAACCAACACACCCCACAAUCGCAGGAGCAUCUGUCAGAGACGAGCAGCCGCUACUAUGGCCAUCACCCGCAACAGACCCAGCAGCAGCACUCUCAACAGCAGCAGCAGCAGCAGCAGCACCCGACCGCAUACCAUCCACAACAAUUGUACCAGCAGCAGGUCGAGGCGUUUGCUGGGCACGGCACUGCCAACGCCAACCCCAUCUUCUCUCCUACACCAAAGGACCCCGCAGAUGUGUCGGUUCUGUACCAGGCGCUGGCGGGCACGUUGAACCAGAUGUCGCCUCAUAGUACCGGCAGUGUCCACGGGUCUGGCCCUCCGCCUGCAUUCCACAUCUUGAAGAAGGAUCAGAGCUCGCCAGCAGGGUCUAAUCCCUUUGCCGGCAGCGAGCGAAGCUCUCUGCAGAGCCCUCCCCAGCAGUUCAGGCACAGCCUUGACCGGGCUUCAUCUCUUCAUUCUCAUCAAUCGCACCAUUCGCAUCACUCUCAGCACUCCCACCAUUCCACCCAGCAGUCCAUCAAGCAGACGCCUACGACUUCUGAUUUUGGUAGCUUUGUCAACAUUGAUAAGAACAGAGAGACUGUUUCCGAGGCUGUUCAUGAUCUCGCCGGUAGAGCCGAUCGCGACGCCCAAGAAGCCUUGGACAGAGCUGAGCGCGAAACCGUAUCCAACUAUGCCGAUAGUGCCACCGUCCGACCCCAUGACGAGAGCGACUGGGUUCAGCCAUCCAACUACUCUGAUGCUACUCGCUCCAUUGAGAAGCACACGAUUGAUGAGAUCAAAUCUGAUCACGAGCACCGUGGAUAUGGUUCCUCUGCGGAGCAUCUUUCCAAAGAAGAGGCUCCCGAACCUAGAGAAAUUGACAACCACGGAAUUGCCGAUAGCUGGGAGAGCGCUGAUCAGGAUGAGAUUGUCGUCAUCGAGGGAAAGGAAGCUCCUUCUGUCAGGGUCUACAACUUCCCGAUGAAGCCAUGGAUUUCCAUCACGCUUCAAGAGGACACCACCGAGCCUCGACCUCAGUUCCGUGAAGAGUCAAUCAUGGACGUUGCCCACCUCAAGAAGGACUUUGACCAGAUCGACCGCAACUUGUACACUGCCUCUCAGUCCUACAUGACGCACGGCAUGUCUAAACAGGGUGGCUUACGUGUCAUUCGUCAAGACGAUGGCAAGGACGCAAAGGUUUUUAGAGACACCAAGGACCGCAUCUUCAACGUCGCCAUGUCUGUCACCCCACACGAUUACGAAGGCGUUCCCCGGGAGGCCAUUAUCGCUACUGGCAUCAGCGGCACCGUCUACUGGGUCCAGAUCAAGGACGGCGAAAAGGAUCACCUCGAGGACCCUCAUCUUGAGCAGUACGGCUUCGCGCUGCCUCCCAUCAACUCUCAAGAAGGCGACGCUCCUGGUGGUGCCCUCAAGACUCGCGCCCGAGCUUCUACCAACCACCCCGAGUUCUUCGCCGUCGGCCGCGGCAAGUCUAUCCACUUUAUCUGGCCGUCCUUUAUUCUGCAGAACAAUCUGUUCAAGCCCGGUCAUGACCGCGUCGCGGAUACUGAGGCACUGCUGAGCCAAUGCUCCCUCAAGAUCAACACUGGCAAGGCUGGUAAGGACUUUACCUUUAGCCAGGACGACUCUGUUGUUGUCUCACUGGACAAGUCUGGCCGCGUCAAGUUCUGGGACGUCCGCGACCUGACUGCCGUCAAAGAAGGCUCAGAUCCUCGCAACCCCGCCCCUGCUCACUCCGCUUUGGAGAUCAAGGAGCCCUUGAUGACUCUGGCUAGCACCCCAGAGGGCGAGAAGGCUUGGCCUACAUCUGUGCUACUCCUCGACAAGCAGCGCCCUUACCAGAAGCGAUGUGCGUUGAGGUACAUGAUUGUUGGCAUGAAGCAGAAUCAUACUUUGCAGCUGUGGGAUCUUGCUCUGGGCAAGCCUGUUCAAGAGUUCAACUUGCCUCACAGCAAGGAAUCCGAUGCCGUCUGCAGCGUCAUGUACCAUCCGGCCAGCGGCAUGAUCAUCAUCGGCCACCCAACUCGCAACUCGGUCUACUUUGCGCAUCUUUCGGCUCCUAAGUAUAACCUGAAGAACGUAUCUCAGGCCGAGUACAUCCAGAAGCUGGUUAGCCAGGACCCCUCUAUUCCCCAGCCAGAUAGUACUGCUGUCAUUAGCGGCGUUCGGGAGUACUCCUUUGCCAACCGUGGCAUUCUACGAAGCCUGGACAUUCUUGCCACACCCGCCAUGGUCCAGGACACAGAAGAGCCCACGUUGUUUGAGCUGUACGCCAUGCAUUCCAAGGGCGUUGCUUGUCUGAUGAUCAAGCAGGCUGAGCUAGGAUGGUCCAAGGACAACAAGGUGCUUGAUCCUGUCGAUGCCGUGAUUGAGGGCGUUGUCACGGUGUCUAAGCUCAAGACUCCUGUGCAGACGGAUGUUACCAACGGCACAACCACCGAGCACACCACCCCAGUGCGCAUUGCCACUCGGUCUGCGACGAGAGAGAUUCUGCAGCAGCCUGCCCAGGCCGCUUCUUCUGAAGCAGCAACUACUCCUCGGGGCAUCGAACAGCAGGCGACCACUCCUGCCAAGCCCAAAAACGACGCCAGAGAGAUUGAGACUCCGGGACAGUCAUCUAAGGAAAACCAUCCCGAGAAGCCUGAGCGCAAGCAGCGCAAAAAGAAGGGCAAGGAUGCCGAGUCAAAUGCCAAUGGAUCGGCAUCAGCGCACAAGGGCGAGGCUGCUGCCUCUUCCAAUAAGAGUGCUAUCAACGGCCUUGGCGCUGGUGGCAUUUCAUCCGAGGCAUUCGACUCUGCCAUUGGCAGCCUGGAGACGAGGCUCGGAGCUACCGUAUCCGACACCUUCAAGGUCUCGAUGAACAACUUGCACAACAAGAUUAACGACAGCGCUCGCGUCAGGGAUGAGAGCUUCAACCAGCAUCAGCUGAAACUGCUCGACAUGGUUUCGGAUAUUUUGAACGAGAACACUCAGAAAGUGCUCGAGAAUUUGAUCCACCAGCAGUUCACUGAUGUCGUGAUACCCUCCAUUGGUGACAAGACCAGCAAGGCCGUGGCUGAUUUGGUCCAGAAUAAGAUUCAGGUCAACAUGGCUUCGUCUGUGCAGAAGGAGAUCCAGAGUGCCCUACCCCAUGCUGUUAGCCGCUCGCUGCGAUCCAACGACUUCAUCAACGCCAUCUCUGAUAGAGUCAGCAAUGUGGUUACCACCAGCGUGCAGCAGGAGGUGCUGUCCACAAUCUCGCAACGCUUGGCGCCCACGUUCAACAACAUUGCUACCCAGGCGGCUCAGCGCGUGGCCACUGACAUUCACAAGCAGUAUCAUGAACAAUUCGAGCAGCUGAAGGCGCAACAUGCCGCGGACAACAACAAGAUCGACCAGCUUCUGUCUUAUGUUACCCGGCUGUCGGAUAUGGUGUCCACCAUGGCAGCUUCGCAGUCGUCGCUCCAGGCCGAGUUCCUUAAGUUUAAGCAACAGCCUGUUGAGCUUCCUGUCGUUACUGCUGCAGGCGGCAUCAAUAUCCCGCACGCUGCCAGCGUUGCUCACAGCAUUGGAUCCCAUGGCUACGCUAACACUGUGGCUAGCCAACGCGCAAGCUUCCCACCUAGCCAGGCACCUAGCCAGGCACCUAGCCACCCACAGCAGUAUGGAAGCCCUCAAUACAUGCGCGGAUCUCAACAUAUGGCGAGCCCCCAUGGAUCUGCUGCCCCCUCGGAUCACGUCGGACCCGCCAACAACGUGGCUGCACUUGCCGGUGCCUAUGCCAACCAGAUGAACAAGACUGAGGCCGAGGCAGACAACGACCUUGUGCAGCGUAUCCGAGUCAUCGAGACGGCCAUUGCCGAGAAUCGUCUGCAGGACGCCAUGAUCCAAUGGAUCCAGAGCGGCCGCGAGACGGAGAUUUUCCGCCGCUGCCUUAGCCGGUAUCCCCCGGGCAAAUUUGAUUCCCUGCAGCCGCUGAUGCUGCUGGUCGUGAUUGCGACCAUCUCCAAGGACUUGAAGCCGAACCCGCGUUUGAAGGAGGAGGUUGAAUGGAUUGAGAUGGCUGUGAGGUCGUUUGGCGCCAGCCUGCCCAACUACAACUGGGAUGACGACAUGUCUCGUGAGGUGAUGAAGAGCAUGUCGCAAACGAUGCAGCUGCUCAUUGCCCGCGUGCAGCCUUUGAUUGCUGGCAUCCAGGAUGGAUUCCCUACUGAUCCCUUCCUGGCCAACCUUGACAGAGGCAAGCUCGAGUGGAUUGUGCAAACGUCCAACCACAUCUUGGCCAACUUUUACUAA